GUCAGAGAGCUUGUAGUCAACCUUGCAACGAAUCUGUAAAUCCAGUUUUCCGGUGCUUCAGGGUUUCCCCAACUUGGACGUGCAUAGAAAUCACCCGUGCACACCUUAUUUUUAAAUGCAGGUUCUGAUUCAGUGGGUCCGAGGCGCAGGCCCUGAGGCUGCCUUUCUAACAAGCUGCCCGGGGAGGAGCGGGUGCUGUGGCCCGGGGUCGGGACCUGGAGAAACAGGGCCUUAGGCUCCGCCGCAGACCUCCUGGGGCCUCCUUGCGUUCUAAUUGGGCUCUUGGUCCAAACCCGGAGUCCACCGGGUCCCAGACUAUCGUCCUCAUUUACAAAGGAAGGACUCGGAGCUCCGGGGGCUGCGAUGACCUGGGCAGAGGCCAUGUGGCCCCAUGACAGAGGCGUGACUUGCAUGUCGUUCCCUGGCUCUUCUCCAAUAGCUGCCCUGGUGGCUUUUAAGGUCUAAUGCAUAAAGGCGCGCUAAUGAAGGCUUUUGGCUGGUGGAUGUCGUGUGCGCUGGUGCACACAUGCGCUCUCUCUCCUCACACACAUCCACACACCGGUGGGGGAGCGAGGGGGUGCCGAAGCUCCUCUGCAGCUGCAGCUCCCAGAGGCCCGCCUUGGCAGUGGGGCAUCACAGCACGCCCUGGAAGUGCUCCCCCCCCAGCUGGCCCGCACCCCGGGGGGGGACGGCUCCCUCCCACCCACUUUGCUCGCAAGCUAAACUGCGUUUCUUCCAGCUCUGAGAUGAGAUGGGAAGUACUCCGCUCGCCAAGGACAGCCCGGCUCUCAGAAACCGUGCACUGUGGCCCCACACCGGGCCCCAGCUUCCCGCGACCAGCAGAAAUCUUGAAGCAUUUCCAGCCGGACCCUGGGAGAGGUGGACCUGUUUCGGAGCCGCAGGAUUCCAGGUUUGCAGAAGGCGGAGGCCAACCUUACUCAACUAGAAAUUCAUUUAGUCAUCAAGAGCUUUUGGAGGCAGGUGGACCAACUUUAAAUUCUGACUCCAUCACUGGACACAUGUGAGACCUCCAUGGAGCCAUUUGUGGUCUUGGAAUGAUGAGUUUUUGCAACCAAAAAUAACUAGGGCCAUAGCAUCGAGCUCAUGACAUCUCAGUGAGUAUUAGGCGAGACAGUUCACAUGAAAGAUGUCGCUGAGUGCUCUGCAAAUGCCCUCCACCAUGCCCAUUUCAUAUUAUUACUGAUAUCUAUGGGGUCGUGUUUUCAGUAAUGAAGGGCACAAAACACGUUGGUGAUUCUUUACAACUUUCCACACCAGGGCCCCUCACUAGCCUGUGACACCCUUUCCAUCUGAAAUUUUGCUGAAAGGCUGAACGACAUUCGCCUCCACAAAUCACCCAGUCUUAACUGGG